AGUGACAGUCGAGUGGUUGUGUUUGUGUAGUGUGGAGAAACAAAAGAGCUCUCGAGUUUUUAUCAAAAUAUCACAAUUUAUCAGCAAAUAAAAAUAGUCACGGUGUUAAAUAAUAGUGCUUGAGUGUCCACAGAGUGGAUGGCGCGCGUUAAUGUGGAGUUUUAGCCGGUGAUCCGAUCCCAACUCCACACGAGCUAGGAGAGUGUCCGGGUGGCCAGAAUAGUUGACGCGAAGCGACUGGAAGUGUUGGUUGUGCGUGGAAAAUUGCCCAGAUUUUCCGGCUUCGUGUCUCACCGUGCGAUAUUCAAUGGAAUGAAUGGAAUACUCUGCCCAACACUGUCAGCAAAUAAUCACGCUCUCUUGCCAAUGAAUAGCUAGGAAAAAAAAAUAGAAGAAGAGUGAAAUAGAGAGAGACCGAGGCAAACAGGCGAGAAUUAUGGAUGAGCCAUCGCGGAUCCGGCAGCGGAGUGGACGGACGUAUGUGCCGGAAGUGGCGCAGCAGCAGAAGCAGAGUCGAAGGGAUGGCGGGAAGGUGAAGGUAGGUGAUCAGCAGUAUGCUAGAUUGCCCAAUUCCUUCCUUUACGCCGUGGUGGCUCUCAUGUUCACCACAUUUCUCAUCGUGACGGUUCUGGAGAGGCGUUUGCCGCGUGGACUUCGUGUGGAGGAUGAGCCUGGACAUCCGGAGAGCUUUAUAGCUGAGCAUGCAAUGGCUAGUCUCACGAGACUCACGGAUAUUGGGCCUCGGGUCACGGGAAGCUAUGAGAAUGAGGUGCUGGCUGUGAGGGUUUUGCGGAAGGAUAUAGAUGCUGUUGUGGACGAAUACGGGAGUGGCUUCAAAGUGGAGAUCGAUGUCCAGAAAGCCAGUGGGGCAUUUCCAAUCAAGUUCUUCGAUGGCAUGACAAAUGUGUACAAUGAUGUGCAGAAUUUAAUUGUGAAGGUCAAUGCACAAGUGAAAUCCUCGCACACAUUAAUGCUCAAUUGUCACUUUGAUUCCGUCCCGGAGAGUCCAGGUGCUUCGGAUGAUGGUGCAGCUUGUGCUGUUAUGCUGGAAAUUAUGCGAGUUGUGCUGAAGACAAAACUCAAAUUGAACUACAAUAUAGUUUUUCUCUUCAAUGGUGCCGAAGAGAAUAUCAUGCAGGCAUCUCAUGGAUUUAUCACGCAGCACAAAUGGGCCAAAGAUGUCCGGGCUUUUAUCAAUUUGGAAGCCUGUGGAGCUGGUGGGAGGGAACUUUUGUUUCAAGUUGGUCCCAAGAAUCCCUGGCUCCUGGAGGUUUAUUCCCAAGUUGUUCCCUAUCCCUAUGCCUCGACACUGGCCCAGGAGAUCUUUCAGUCCGGAGUGAUACCGGGAGAUACGGAUUUCCGGGUUUUUAGGGACUUUGGGCACAUAUCAGGAGUGGAUUUUGCCUGGAGCAGCAAUGGCUAUGUCUAUCACACAAAAUACGAUUCAGUGGAUCAGAUUCCAUUGGGAUCUCUCCAGCGAACUGGUGACAAUAUCCUGGCUCUCUUGAAGGGUCUCAAUGAGAUCACGGAUCAGCGCAAAAUGAGCGAUACAAGUAGCACAAAUGAUCUCAUUUUCUUUGACAUGUUGGGCGCCUUUAUGGUGCGCUGGCGAGAGAAUUUGACUGCCCUGAUAAGUGUCCUGGCGGCCUGUCUGUCAGCCUUUGCUGUGUACAGAAACAUGAAAUCAGCCAAGAGAUUGGGAACUGAUCAUACAGUCUACUAUGCAGGGAUGAUGAAGGCCAUUGGCAUUCAGAUUCUGGGCUGGGUAUUGGCUUUUGGAUCUUGUAUUGUUAUUGCGCUAUCAUUGACUGUUCUAGGUAGGACGAUGUCCUGGUACGCUCGUCCCAUCUGGAUUUACUUCCUCUACGUGCUUCCAACUCUGAGUGUGUCCAUGGCUGUGGUGCAUCACUUUGGGGUCAGACAAUUGAAGAAGAGCAUUCCAAACAUUUGGACACUGUUUCAAGUGUACUACGAUGCCAUCCAGAUCCUCUGGACAUUCUUGCUUCUCGUGACGUACACCCUGAACAUCAGAUCGGGCUUCAUAGCUCUUCUGUGGGUUGUUUUCUCUUCUGUGCAGAGCCUCAUAUCCAAUCGAAUGUUCCCAGAUGCAUCCAAAAAGAGCAUCAAGUGGCUCCUUCUCUAUGUCCUUCUCUUGGGUAUCCCAUUUGUCCAGUCUUUCUACCUGGAUUUGGGUGCAAUUGGGAUGUUUGUACCAACAAUGGGACGUACUGGAAGUGCCUUCAAUUCUGAGAUAAUAAUUGCCACGAUGAUUUGUGCAAUGUUUGGUAUGCUCUUCAGUUUUGUUUGUCAAUUAGUACUUGUUGCACAAUUCCCACACAUUCUCCAGAGAAUUCCUGCCAGUUUUACAUUCCUGGCAUUGGCCGUUCUUUUGCUCACUGAUCUCGGUUUUCCAUAUUCUGGAGAUGUGACUUCUCUGGCGCCCCAACGCUUUAUAAUAACGAAUGUCGAUAGAAAAUUCUUUGAUGAAAAUCGGAAGCUAGUGGAUCAUGAUACAGGCUUCUGGAUCAUCAAUAUGGACAUUAAUAGUCCAGAGAGUGUUGAAAUGGCGGUGAGUGAGAUGAAGAGAGCCAAAUUGGUGGAUUGUACACGUGGCAUUUACUGUGCAAUGCCCUAUCCGUUGCCUGUGAUGAAUUUCAUCUACAAAACGCACUACAUCGAAGCACCACCCUUUGAGGUGCCCAUCGAGACUGAUUUGCGCCUCAAUGGCAAGGCACGCCUAUCACCAGACACCAUUAGACUCAAUUUCACCUGCAAUGGGCCAGAUCACAUGAAUAUGAUGUUUGCCGGAUUACCAGGCUUUGACCUGAUGGCCUGGAGUUUGGAUCCGGAGACACCAUUGGCAUCCUCCCAUCAGUAUCUCGGACGGAAUAUGUACUUUGUCUAUUACUCAUACAGCAGCCUCGAGCCCAAAGAGUGGAAUUUCCAUCUAGAUUUUAAGGUUCCUCCAAAGUUCAACAUAGACAAAGACUUAGUUCUAGAUAUCACUGUGAGUGGUCAAUUUAGUCAUGGCAAGAACAAGACAACGGCGCAGCUGAAGGAAUUUAUGAGCCGCUUCCCGACGUGGACGACAUCCACUUACUGGACAAGUGCUCUCAGAUCAUACAAAUUUUAAUUUUUUCCUUUUCCAAUUUCAUCUUCACAUCAAAUUUCUAAACAUACAUACAUUACACAUAUUCUAAUCUUUCUCCAGGUAAGGUAAAAAAAAAACAGUUCUGAACUGCAUUAUAUUCCUCCAAAAAGGUGAUCGUGCGUUAGAUAAAAUUCCUGUAGUUAGCUUAUAAAAAAAACAAUGGUACUACAAAGUAAUAUCAAAUAUUGAAAUGAAAACAAAGAAAAAAUUGAUAAAUUAGUAUCAAAAAAAAGUGAUUAAAGAGUUGUUGAAAUAAAUUUUAAGUGAGGCAAAAUCAA